AUGUCAUCCACUCAAACUCCACCACCAGCUUUGAAAGAAGAUAUUUUAGAUCUUAUUGGUAACACUCCUUUGGUCAAAUUGAACAAAAUCCCACAAUCUUUAGGUAUCAAAGCUAAGGUUUAUGCUAAAGUUGAAUUAUUCAAUGCUGGAGGAUCUAUUAAAGAUAGAAUUGCCAAGAAUAUGGUUUUAGAAGCUGAAAAACAAGGUAGAAUUAAGCCAGGUUAUACAUUGAUUGAACCAACUUCCGGUAAUACUGGUAUUGGUUUAGCUUUAGUUGGUGCCGUUCGUGGUUAUAGAACAAUUAUUACUUUACCUGAAAAAAUGUCUAAUGAAAAAGUUUCAGUUUUAAAAGCUUUAGGUGCUGAAAUUAUUAGAACACCAACUGAAGCUGCUUGGGAUGCUCCAGAAUCUCAUAUUGGAGUUGCUAAGAAAUUAGAAAAAGAAAUUCCAAAUUCUGUUAUUUUGGAUCAAUAUAGUAAUGAAGCUAAUCCAGAUGCUCAUUAUUAUGGUACUGGUUAUGAAAUUUGGGAACAAACUCAAGGAAAAAUCACUCAUUUAGUUGCUGGUGCUGGUACUGGUGGUACUAUCACUGGUAUUUCUAGAUAUUUGAAAGAACAAAACUCAAAGAUUCGUGUUACUGGUGCUGAUCCAAAGGGUUCCAUUUUGGCUCAACCUGAAUCUUUAAACGAUUCUACUGAAGGUUAUUUGGUUGAAGGUAUUGGUUACGAUUUCAUCCCAGAUGUUUUAUCUAGAAAAUAUGUUGAUGAUUGGAUCAAAACUGAAGAUGCUGAAUCUUUCAAAUUGGCUAGAAGAAUUAUUAGAGAAGAAGGUAUCUUGGUUGGUGGUUCUUCUGGUUCUGCUUUACAAGCUGCUUUACAAGUUGCCAAAGAUUUAACUGAAGAUGAUGUUGUCGUUGUUGUUUUCCCAGAUUCCAUCAGAUCUUACUUGUCUAAAUUCGCUGAUGAUGAAUGGAUGGUUUCUAAUGGUUUCGAAGUUGAAGAAACUAAAUCUACUAACAAAUCCGAUGAAUUUUUGGCUGAUAAAACUAUUAGAGAUUUGGUUGCUGGUAAAGCUCCAGUUGUCACUGUUACUUUAUCUGAUACUGUUAACAAGACCUUUGAUUUAUUACAAUCUAAUGGUUUUGAUCAAUUGCCAGUCUUGAACAAAGCAGGUAGAUUGGUUGGUUUGAUUACUUUAUCACAAAUUUUGAAAGCUUUGUCUACUAAAAAAAUUCAAAUGACAAAUUCUAUCAAUUCAAUUAUUAUUGAUUUCAGAAAAUUAGAAGAUUUCGAAAAAUCUUUCACCAUUACAAAGAAAUCCGGAUUCACCAAGAGAGGUUACGAACCAAUUACUUUGGACACUUCUUUGGCCACUUUAAACAAAUUCUUUGAAACUAACUCCAAUGCUAUCAUUACUGAUGAAGAAUUGAAACCAGUCCAAAUUGUCACCAAAGUCGAUUUACUUUCAUACUUGGCUAAGAACUCAUUAUUGUAA